AUGUCUAUCACAAAAUCUCUGACUGCUGCUAAGAAAGUGGUUAUUCAUCUUAGAGCUACUAGUGAUGUCCCUAUACAAAAGUAAGCCAAAUUCAAGAUAACGGACAAAUUUCCUAAGGUGAUUGGCUUUUUAAGGAGGCAACUUCACCGGAAUACGUUGUUUGUGUAUGUCAAUAGGGCAUUCUCACCAAACGCAAAUGAAUUGAUGAAUCUAUAUAAUAGUUUUGGUUUUGAUGGUAAACUGGCGAUCAAUUAUGCUUAUACCAUGGCAUGGGGAUUACUAUCAGUGUGGGGUUUGCAAACAUACAACCAUUGA